UCACUCUCAAGUCUCAAAGAGAGGAGAGAGAGGGUAGUAUAAAUGUGAGAGAUCCAUGUAGGUGAGCUCAUAUAUCAUCAUAUAAAGUAGGAUAGGAUGUUGGGGUUUUCCUUCUCAUCUUUAACUCAAAGAUAGAAGAAGAAGAAGAAGAAGAAGAAGAAGCAGGUAGAGAUUGAGAGACUACUAGCUAGCUAGCAAUGGAAGAACAUAUUAACCCUUUGGCAGUGACUCAUCUGCUUCAACACACACUGAGAAGCUUGUGCAGUCAAGAAAAUUCACAGUGGAUUUAUGCUGUCUUUUGGAGGAUCCUCCCAAGAAACUACCCACCACCCAAGUGGGAAGGUCAUGGAGCUUAUGACAGGUCAAGAGGGAACAGAAGGAACUGGAUAUUGGUUUGGGAAGAUGGUUUCUGCAACUUUGGUGCCUCAGCCUCACCAGCUCAUGAUCAGAUCAACUCAUCCAAUGGUGAGUGUCCAGGUGGCCCUUCAGUUUAUGGCGGUGAUCAAUUUCAACAUCACCAGUACUACCAUGGUCUGCAACCUGAGCUUUUCUUCAAGAUGUCCCAUGAGAUCUACAACUAUGGAGAAGGGUUGAUAGGGAAAGUGGCAGCAGAUCAUAGUCAUAAGUGGAUAUACAAAGAACCAAAUGAUCAGCAUCAAGAAAUCAACUUUUUAUCAGCAUGGCACAACUCAGCUGACUCGCACCCUAGGACAUGGGAAGCCCAGUUCCAGUCUGGCAUAAAGACCAUAGCUCUGAUAGCAGUGAGAGAAGGUGUAGUUCAGUUAGGAGCAAUUAACAAGGUGGUUGAAGAUCUGAGCUAUGUUGUUUUGCUCAGAAAGAAGCUGAGCUACAUUGAGAGCAUCCCUGGAGUUCUUCUGCCUCACCCAUCAUCUCUAUCAUUCCCCAGCUUCAAGCCUGACCCUCAUGGCUAUGGUAAUAUGGGUGCCCCUCCAGAUCAUCAUAGUCAUGCAUGGCACAAUUUCCAAGGCAUGGGCACUAAUGCUACAAAUCUUCUUGUCCCACCACAUCCAAGUACUACUCAUGACCAAUAUUAUGAGCACCAUUUCAACAUGAACCAUCAUCAAGUGCCAAUGUUGAAAAACAUAACACCCUCCAUGAGUAGCCUUGAAGCUCUCCUCUCCAAGCUUCCCUCGGUGGUGCCCUCAACACCUAAUACUACUCAUGAUCAUCACCAGUUUCCAGAAUCAUCUCAUCAUCAUCAUCAUCAUCAUGGAGGUGGAACUAUGCAAUUUAUGGCGACUACGGAGCAGAUGGUAGUGGCCAAGGAGGAGACUGAUGUUCAAGAAGAGGAGGAAUACAUGGCACCGGAUCACAAGAACGUUUGUGUUAACGCCGGGGAGAGCAGCACUUCUAUGUCCGCCGCCUACGGCAGUCAACAACCCCAGCAUUUCCAUCACCACUGAGAUCAGCUAGCAGAUAUAUAUAUUGUACGUGUAAUCGAUCAGGAGCUAUAGCUAGCUAGCUAGCUAGCGAAGCAAACAGUAUCAGAUAUUGCUGAUUAAUUAAGUAAUGUCAAUUAAUGCUAAUUUUAAUUUCUUA